AUGGACACGAGACAUAGGUACAAUAUACCACAGGCGAAGCGUUCCUGGAGGGAUACUCUGAAUCAAAAUGAAAAGUUAUACAGGAAAUCGUCAGGCUUUGAUCCAGAUCCAUCGUUCACGUCGCAUUUGCCACACAAAAAUUUCAAACCUGAAACGUCAGACAAGAAGUUGGAACCACAGCUAUCAGAUAAAACGUAUUAUUUGCCAGAAAACCAGACAGAAUCGACUGUUUCGUUUCAAGAGCAACCGCUUAUAAGUCCCGAGGUGCUUGAUGUGCCUAGUCAGCGUGCGCUUACUUUUUUGAUAUUUAUAAUCAUUCAAUCGUACAAACUGUAUGACCUGGUUUUGUUGAAAUCUGGGUUGCCUGUGUCCGGCUUCUUAUUGACAAAUUCAAAAUUCAAUUUUAUAUCGAAAUAUGCCAUUAUUGACUCAUUGUUUCUGUACUUUUUGCCCAGCUUCAAAAUUCCCAAGUUGUGUUUUAAACCGUUUAUUAUCUUUGCGCAGAUACUGGUUAUGAUAGCAUUGACCGUUUUAUUAUCUAAUGAUAAAAAUUUCCCAUUUAUGUCAUUGCUAAUUUCUACCUGGAGCAAAUAUAACAAAAAGGAGCUAAGUUUGACGGGAACAUCUGUAAGCCAUGGGAAAAUUAUGGAUAGAUCUUCGCACUUUAAAGGUGCACAUACCAUCAAAAUUUUACCGGAAAACACGGUUAUGUUCAAUCCAUUUCAGGAGUCCUAUUGUUUACCCAUGGAUGAAGCGAUCACUGACUUGAAAGUGCCAAUUCGGAUUAAUUCUACUUCGGAAAUUAAUUUUUUACAAUUAGAAUAUCGUGAUCUUUAUUCUAAUGAUGUGGAAUUGCUCAAUUUGACUAAGAAAGAUUUGGUAAAGAUGAAAGUCAAAAAUGAACUUGAUCCCAAUAUACUUUACUUACAAGUUCCUUUGCAAAAAAUUGGUUUCUACACUUUGAAAAAGAUUGUUGAUAUUAAUAACAUUGGACUCAAAAUCUACAAGCCUCAAUUGAUUGUCCCACAUUGUCCAAUAGCUACAAUUAGUGGAGUUGGCCCGGAAGAUAAAUGUCUAGGGGAUAAAUAUACCGUCACCAUCCAAGUUACUGGUGUCCCACCAAUGAAAUUAAAGUAUACGAAAACAACUAACAACGAUAAAUUUAACUUUAUAGAUUCUUCCCUGCAACCAGAAUAUUUCGAAUCGCCCUUGUUGUCCAAUAGAAAGUCCUUCUCCAAUAAAGACAUUGAAGAUUUGAAAUGGGCUAGAAUAUACCCAGUGGAUAUUAACCUUGAAUCAUUUGUCAACAAUGAUGGUGUAUACAGUUAUUCAAUUGAUCAGGUAGUUGAUGGUUUAGGCAAUGCUAUGGAUUUCAAAGGUUUGUCAUCUGAAGUGCGCAACAAAUACGACUUAGAAUACAAAUUUAAUGUUCACGAUUUGCCUCGUGCUUCCUUAGACGAGAAAGUCAAUCCUAACUCAGGAACUAAAAGGUCUUUGGUCUUGUCAGUAGAAUCCACUAAUUUUGCCCAUGGUGCUCCUUAUGUUGCAAACAUUACAUACUCAUAUGGAAAUGAACGUUCAACGUUUCAACAUGAGUUUUCUAAACCCGGUGCUGAACUUGCAGUUGAUAAACCAGGCACAUAUACCCUAACAUCCAUUCAGUCUAAGUUUUGCACAGGCGCUAUAGUGAGUAAAUCAACUGUUUUGAUCACCAAACCAAUCCCACCUCAGCUGAGUGUGAAAGCAACCCCUAUAUUAGACCAAUGUAUAGGCCAGGUUGGUCUGAAUUUUGAUCUGACUUUUACAGGUGUUCCUCCAUUCUAUUACACAGCGAAGAUUUUCAAAGUGGAAAAAGGUGAACGUAGAUUACAUGAAAGAAAGCAGUUUACUUCUCAAGGUGCUAGAAAUCAAUAUAGUUAUAAUCCAUCUAGUGAGGGACAUUACGAGAUUGUUUUCGAUGAAAUUUCCAACGUUCUAUUUAAGGAACCACUUCCGCUGCUUCCAUCAUCAGAUUAUACAUUUGAUACUUCUAUGAGGGUUAAAGCAAAUGCUUUAAUUGCUGCUACGCAUGACUCCAAAUUGUGCUUGGGUGAUAGUAGCAAGAUUCCAUUAAAGUUUACAGGCGAACCACCUUUUUACCUAAAUUAUGAUAUCGUGGAAACAUCUUCUAACAAGAGGACGUCAUACCAUCUGGAUAACAUUUUAUCUUACCAAUAUGAGAUUGUCACUCCUGAGUUUAAAGUAGGAGGUGACUACAUACUGUCUUUAAUUUCAGUUAAAGAUUCUUCGAAGUGUUUAGUUCCGCUAAGUGGAAAUGAUGCUAGACUUCGCGUUAGGAGAGACGUACCAACUGCAGGUUUCAGUUUAUUGGAUUCUACUGCCAAUGAAUUGAAAAUCAAAGCAGGAGCAUCUGCUUCGCUUCCAUUAAGGUUGUCUGGAGAGCCCCCAUUUACUGUUAAAUAUCAGCAUUUAAACAAACACGGUGAUAUUGCUGGGGUUUACGAAACUAAGUUCCAAUCUAAUCACAGACCAGCCCUAAAAGUCACAGAUGAGGGUUCCUUUAAAUUGAUAUCGAUGAGAGAUCAAGGCUGUGAAGGUAAUAUCGAGUCUAAUAGCGUACACAAGGUCAGUUUCUUUGAAAAACCGAAAUUCUCUGUUGUCAAGCACAAAAAAAUCAGUAAAUUAAAUCCUCUAAAUUUUGUCAAAGAACCAGUUUGCCAAGGCUUCGAAGAAACUGUAGAUCUAUCAUUGGCCGGAUCCGCUCCAUUCACAGUGUUGUAUGAAUUGACAUCACCCAACGGCCAAAUCUCCUCUAAAUCAAUACAAGUCGCCACAAAGUACGCAUCCUUAAAACUUCCAAAUGAGCAACCUGGUGAAUACAUUUUAACCAUCAAGGCAGUAUACGACUCCUACUACACUCCAAAAGAUUUGAGUAGUCAAAACAUUAAAACCUCGGACGUCACCAUCAGACAAACAGUUAAUCGUUUACCAAACGUUAGGUUUGCUGACAGAGGUAAAACUUACAGAACAUGUUUGGCUAACUUAGAUCAGCCUGCACUUUUAGAUCCAAUUCCUUUGCAUUUCAGUGGAGGCAAAGGACCAUAUUCCGUUUCUUUCAGCAUUUACCAUGAGAGCACUUCAAAAAGUGACUAUUUUACAAUGGAUAACGUUACUUCUGAUUCGUUUAAUUACAAACUAUUAUACCAAGGUUUGAAGUUAGGUAAUCAUAUUGUUAGUAUCGAGAAGGUAGUAGAUUGGAAUGACUGUACGCACGAUAUUGUUGCCGAAAAUAAUCACAUACUGAUCUCUGUUACAGAUGUUCCAAAAAUUGUUCUAAUGGAACCAACUAUGGAAUAUUGUGUUGGUGACUAUGUCUCAUAUCAACUCCAUGGGGCCGCUCCAUUCAUAAUAAAAUACGAAUUUAACGGAAUACAAUUAAAGUCCAAAGAGCAAUCAACACAAUUCGUGAGAUUUGCAAGUGAACCAGGUACUAUCUCUAUUAACUCUAUACAAGAUUCUUCUUCGCAGUGUGUUGUGAACUUCAACAAAGCAGGUAAGAAAUCUGAAUUCGACAGACUAUCGCUUGUAAUACAUCCAAUUCCAUCUGUUAUCAUCUCGAAAGGAGACAAUGUGAUAGAGGACAUACAUGAAGGCGAUCAAGCUGAAGUGUUGUUCUCGUUUGAAGGCACACCUCCAUUUUCUUUGACUUAUGUUCGUACGGAGGAAGUUGAUGGCAAGAAAGGCAGAAGACCCCAAAUAGUUGAAACUCAUAAGGUAUCAGAUAUAUAUUCCUAUGAGUACAAGGUCACUACGAGUUUACAAGGUACAUAUGAGGCCAUUGAAGUUUCUGAUGCCUUCUGUUCUGCCAAGAAUGACGCCUUUUUUAAUAAUUACUAA